GCUGUCCCUGCGACGCCUGUUAGUUUAGUCCUGGAAGAGAUGUUUGCGUUAUAACUCUAUCGGCCAGAAAACUGUCGCACAAGAUCUUACUCUAGAGAGUAACAUUCAGACUCAAUCCCGGCCUGGUGCCACCUUUAUCAAACCUUGACGCAGUGGUGAGUGAGAGUCAGGCGGCGUGGGGACAGCCUCGGGGUGCGAAAGUCCCUGGCCCGCUUCCUUCAGUGAAGACGUAGCUGCGGGUGGCUGUGGUGUCGGUAGCCAAGAUGUCGACUAAGAAUUUCCGAGUCAGUGACGGCGAUUGGAUUUGCCCUGACAAAAAAUGUGGAAAUGUAAAUUUUGCUAGAAGAACCAGCUGUAAUCGUUGUGGACGGGAGAAAACAACUGAAGCCAAGAUGAUGAAAGCUGGGGGCACAGAAAUAGGAAAGACACUUGCAGAGAAGAGCCGAGGCCUGUUUAGUGCUAACGAUUGGCAGUGUAAAACUUGCAGUAAUGUGAAUUGGGCCAGAAGAUCAGAGUGUAACAUGUGCAAUACUCCGAAGUAUGCUAAGUUAGAAGAAAGAACAGGAUAUGGUGGUGGUUUUAAUGAAAGAGAAAACGUUGAGUAUAUAGAAAGAGAAGAAUCUGAUGGUGAAUAUGAUGAGUUCGGGCGUAAAAAGAAGAAAUACAGAGGGAAGGCAGUUGGUCCUGCGUCUAUUUUAAAGGAAGUUGAAGAUAAAGAAUCGGAGGGAGAAGAAGAGGAUGAGGAUGAAGAUCUUUCUAAAUAUAAAUUAGAUGAGGAUGAGGAUGAAGAUGAUGCUGAUCUCUCAAAAUACAAUCUUGAUGCCAGUGAAGAAGAAGAUAGUAAUAAAAAGAAAUCCAAUAGACGAAGUCGCUCAAAGUCUCGAUCUUCACAUUCACGAUCUUCAUCACGCUCAUCCUCCCCUUCAAGUUCAAGGUCUAGGUCCAGGUCCCGUUCAAGAAGUUCUUCCAGUUCGCAGUCAAGAUCUCGUUCCAGUUCCAGAGAACAUUCGAGAUCUCGUGGGUCGAAAUCAAGAUCCAGCUCCAGGUCCCACAGGGGCUCUUCUUCCCCACGAAAAAGAUCUUAUUCAAGUUCAUCAUCUUCUCCUGAGAGGAACAGAAAGAGAAGUCGUUCUAGAUCUUCUUCACCUGGUGAUCGCAAAAAAAGACGAACAAGAUCACGGUCACCCGAAAGCCAGGUGAUUGGUGAAAACACUAAACAACCCUGAGCCCAGGGCCAACCCCUACGGAACACCACUACUUUACCCAGGCACCACAGGUCAUCUUCUGGAUCGUCUCAUUCUGGUUCCCGUUCAAGUUCAAAAAAGAAAUAAUGUAUUAAAAUUUACAUCUUAAAAAAAAAAUCAGUACAGUGCAUGAAGCAUAUUUUUUAAGAAGUUGAUGUCUUACUUGCUAAAUCUGCUGGUAGAGGUGCAUGCCUUUCAUUGCUUUUCAGAACAAUACAGCUGUGUUUAUUUGUGAAAUUAAAAGUAAAUAGCAUUUUAAGCCAUAAUGUCCCAAAAUUGAAGCUAUAUUUAGCAUUUAAUUAUUUGAAACCAUUUGCUUUAUUUAAAACCAUCUCAUCUAUAACAAAGUACUUUGUUUCCUAAUUUGAACUGUUUCAUUUCCAAAUAUGCCUGGUCUGUUGACUAAGACAAAACUACUAGGCUUGCCUGAACCUUGGGCAUGGAGGCAGGGACUGGUAUAAACUAGUUGGAAAUAGCCUGUUUACAUUAUCCAGGGAAAAGAGGUUAACCUGUUUAUGUUAACUGAUGUCUAAGUGGCUUAGAAAAAAUGUAUGCAAAGUUGCAAAACAGCCAACCAGAAAUGUCUCUGUUUUGAAAUUCCCUAUGUUUAAGGGUUCCUUAGAAUCAGUCUUUCUUUUAUUCACUUUUACUUUUUGCACCACCACAUUUAACGUAAAAGUAUCUUGUCAGUAGUAGGAGAGAGUCAUUACUCAUUUUUCUUACUGACAGUUUUGGACAAGAAAGAAAUUCAGUGCAACAGUUCAUCUCUUCUUUGUUGAUAUGGUUGGCUGAUGAGGAAAAAAAAGUUAAAAUGUUUAUCUUAAAAUUUUAAGAAGUUUUGUGUGGUAUUCAAAAAUCUAGUUGUCACAUGUGAUGAGGUAAACAAGCUAAAUCAUAGUUGUUAAUGAGGAGCAAAUUGAAGAAAGCUGAAAUAUAUUUCUCUUUGGAUGAAAAGCCAGCAGAAACAUUGUGAAUUUUAAUGAACGUUUGCCUUAAAAUGUUUAACUUCAAAUACACUGCAUAAAUUUUCUUCUGAAGUAUAAAAUGGAUGCUUGUUUCUACAUGAUGUAAGCAGAAAUCAUUGUUGUCCUCAUUCACUUAGUUACUUAUGGCUUAAAAUGCUUUCAGAGUUUGUUUUAUUUCUUGAAAUUAAAAUAUGGUCACUUGAACUCCAUUUUGUCUUCUGGUUUAAAAAUGAAAAGGUUUUUCUUAACAGUAUCUUCAGUGACAAUGCAAGGUAAGUAUGUUAAGGGAAAUCAACAGUCUGUGCUUGGGGGCUUUUUGUCAUGGGAUAUUGAUUUAUUUUUUUUUCCCUAACGCUGAUGUCUACUGUAGUUUAAAUGAAAAUUAAAACAUUUUAGGAUAUCUAGUAGACAGAUGAAAAUUCUGUUUUUUUAUUUUAAAAUAAAUGUUCUUCUCAACUGAUCUAAAGAUAUAAAAGCAUAAUACCUUACGUAGAACUAUUUUAAUAGUAUUUUUACAAUGAAGUUCCCCAGGUUUUUUUUUAUGCCUUAUUUUCUUUGCUACGUUUACUGUAGGUUGCACAAGAACUUUUACUCUCUUGUAAUUGUGCCUCAGACUUUUUGAAAGUCCACCUUCUAAAUCGCCCAGAUCAGAUGAUCUUCUAGAUUCUAUAUGGUUUACUGUUGUGCUUUCUGUAUUUAAAACUUUGGCUGUACUAAGCAUUUGCAAGGUUAUAAAUUUAGCUAAUAGUAGUUUACAGAUAAUUCAGAUGAUUAUGACUUCAUUUGGUUUAACUAAACUGUACUGGUUCAUUUCAUAAGGAAACGAUGCUGUAGACAAAUGUAAAUAAAGCCUGUGAGUCAAGCAUCAAGUGGUGUUUGUUAAAAAUAAACGAGAUUUUUAAGCUCUGA